GUGACUAAGAAUUCCUACCAACUACUUUCACACACACAGCCACGCAGUUGCAUAAUGCAAUGCAGACUCUCCGCCGUUUUCCACUCUGGAGCCACACCGUAGUACGUAUGGCCCUCAGCCUGCUCAGAGAAUACAGGUUUAAAUCGGUAUCCGAGGAAUUACCAAAGGCACAGCACGCAUCCAAGAAUGCCCAUCCGCAGUUCAAUUUACGAGACGAUAAGCUUUGCGCCGAGUUCUAACCGGUCCUGGAACGAGAAUCUAUGUAUCGCCAGGCGGAAUUACUUUCCGGAGCCAAGCUAUCAACAAAUGCUCCAUCAGGCGUGAGAUACAGUCUCUGAUGCGGAGCUCGAUAGAUAUGGCGAUUUGCUGUAGUCAAGCGCCUCUCUUAAAUCCCGAGCCAGUGCAACUACGCAUUACCCGUCUUUUGACAUCCUGCCGACUACUUCCUCCCCCAACCCUCUGGCCUAAUCUCAGUGUUGCAAUGGAGGAAGGAUAUGGGCUCCAAGAGCGCAGGCAAUCAAAGAAUGUCACUCACGUGGAAGUACUUCAAGUCAAUUCAAAUAGUCAUCUUCCACUGGAUGUUGCUUCCAUGGAUCUUGUGAAACGGAGGCUCAAGCAACGGCAUAUACAGAUGAUAGCCAUCGCUGGUACUUUGGGUACGGGACUGUUUCUAGGCACAGGGGGAGCCAUUCACACGGCUGGACCACUCGGUGCCUUGAUUGCAUUUGCCCUGGUUGGUUCUGUAGCGUAUUCGUCAUUAUGUUCACUUGGGGAGAUGACCUCCCUAGCGCCGAUAUCAGGAUCAUUUCCUCACUUCGCCUCCCGUUGGGUAGAUCCCGCAUUGGGAUUUGCAGUUGGUUGGAAUUAUUUUCUUACUAAUGCGUUCUACGUUCCUGUGGAAAUAUCCGGAGCUCAAAUACUGAUCUCUAUGUGGGAUUCACAUCACGCUGCAGUUUAUACUGUAGUGAUUUGUAUCGUUAUAUGCGCUACAAAUGUAUUUGGUGUAAUAUACUUCGGAGAAACCGAAUUUGCUUUUUCUAUUUUAAAGCUGAUAAUGAUCAUUGGUCUAAUCAUCGUUGGCCUCGUCAUUGAUCUUGGCGGAGCACCGAAUCACCAGCGACUUGGUUUUCAAUACUGGAGUAAUCCGGGUGUCUUUGCCGGGCCUCCUGAUCUCGAACCUCGGUAUCCUGCGCUCAAUAAUUUCCUCGGAAUAUUGAGUGUCAUCACUCAAGCCGCAUUUGCUUACCAGGGAAUGGAGAUAGUGGCUGUUGCGGCAUCUGAAACGCAGAACCCGCGGAGGAAUAUUGCCAAAGCUAUCCGCAGAGUUUUCUACCGAAUCCUCAUUUUCUACAUUCUCGGCGUUUUCAUUGCAGGACUUAUUGUACCUUCAAAUAAUCCGCAACUGUUGGAGGGAACUGGUAUCUUUGCCAAGUCGCCAUUUGUGAUUGCGAUGCAGAUUUCAGGAAUAAGAGUGUUACCCACUGUAGUAAACGCAGGUUUCAUAACUAGCGCAUUCUCCGCGGGCAACUCGUUCCUUUUUUGUUCUUCGCGCAUCCUCUAUGGUUUAGCACUUCGUAAACAAGCACCUCGGUUCCUCACUAUCUGUACGAGGAAGGGCGUACCAAUUGUGGCAGUGCUCUGUUCGAGUGUCUUCGCUUUUUUGUCUCUGAUGAGUAUAUCAUCGGGUGCAGAAACUGUGUUCAACUGGUUCCAGCAUCUCAGUGUCAUGGGUGGUUUCUUCGGCUGGCUUUCGAUUAAUUUAACUUACAUAUUUUUCUAUCGCGGACUGCAAUACCAAGGCAUUGAGCGACAGAAACUCCAUUACUAUAAUCCCCUCCAACCGUGGCUCUCCAUCUGGGGCAUGGUCUGGUGUAUACUAUUUAUCCUAAUAAAUGGAUUUACCGUGUUUUGGCAUUUCGAAGCCUCUGACUUCUUGACAUCAUAUAUAAAUAUUCCACUAUUCUUUGGACUGUUUCUCUUCUGGAAGGUUACGCGAGGCACGGUGGUUUGGAAAACAGAUGAGAUGGACUUCAUUACGGGUAUUCCUAGCUGUGAAGAAACUGAACGACCUGAGAUCCCUCCGAAAGGCUUCUGGCAACACGUUGCUGCGGUGCUUUUUUGACCGAACUUCGUGACUGUCUGCUGAACAUGGAGGCUAUGUGGGAAAUAGCAUGUAAUCUAAUGACAUAGUUUGACUCGAGUGUUCGAACUUCUCCACUGCUACAUUGAUAGCCCUAGGAUGUAAACUAUGGUAUUCCCAGAGCUGAAGUCAUGCUAAGCCUUGCUCCAAAC